AUGGCUUCAUUAUCAAGACCCUCAACAUCUUACAGUACUAACUCUACGUCUUAUCCAUGUGGGUAUACAAACUCUAAUUCGUAUUCCUUGCCUCCUCAUGGUCCUCGCUCAAGCACUGCGCGUCCCAGUACAGUCCGCCCAAGCACUGGACGUAGGUCACGAGCAAGUUCCAUUCUUGGAGGGGGUGAGUCUCAGCAGAUCAUUUGUGCUGUCAGUGAAGGUCGUGGAGUAUCUCCGACUGUCGGGUUAGCAUUUGUCAAUAUUUCUACUGGCGAAGCAGUCCUCAGUCAGAUCUGCGACAAUCAGUUCUAUGUCAAAACUCUUCAUAAAUUACAGGUCUUCGAACCUACCCAGAUUUUGAUUGUGUCUACUUCCGGGCCUCCGAACCCGAAAUCUAAGAUGUAUCAAAUUGUGGAAGAGAACAUAUUGGGAGCCAGAAUUGUUACAGUAGAUCGUCGUUACUGGUCAGAAACGUCUGGUAUUGAAUACAUCCAGCAAUUGGCAUUCAAAGAAGAUCUCGAGGCGAUCAAGGUGGCUAUCGGAGGCAAUUACUUCUCAGUAUGCUGCUUUUCUGCUGCAUUGAAAUACAUUGAUAUGAGCCUGUCGCUUACUUUUGCAUUUCAUUCUCUCCGAGUUAAAUACCAGCCCUCGGAGGACUCUAUGAUGAUAGAUCUUGCUACUAUUCAAUCACUUGAACUAAUCCAGAAUUUGCAGAAUGCCAAGUCAAAAGAUUGUUUAUUUGGACUGAUGAACGAAACGCUGACACCAAUGGGAUCACGACUGUUGAGAAGUAAUAUUUUACAACCUUCGACCCAGUCAACCCUGCUAGCUGCCCGUUACGAUGCAUUGGCCGAGUUGUCGGAAAAUGAUGACAUAUUCUUACAGAUCAGACAAGCUUUGAAGUUGAUUCCUGAUAUUGAAAAGUUGCUUACUUGUCUUAUUAUCAUCCCGACUGUGCCAGGUAUUUGGAAUUCUGAGCAAGAUAUCAACAACAUUCUGAUGUUGAAAUCUUUUGCAUAUUCUAUCGGUCCAGUCUUUGAGAGUCUAUCAGGUGCUCGAUCAGAGCUAUUGGUUCAGAUACGUAAUAAUUGUCGUACGGAAGUGGUCGAAUCUACAAUACAAUUCAUUGAUGAGGUCAUAAAUGAGGAUGUUACAUACCAGAAAACUCCUCUAGAUCUACGAAACCAACGAACAUAUGCUGUGAAAGCAGGGGUCAGUGGUUUCUUGGAUGUAGCACGCCAAACCUUCAAAGAGGCGACGGAAGACGCACAUCAGCAUGUGUCAGAACUCAAUCAGAACUAUAAAAUUCAAGGGGAAAUUAGAUUCGAUAAUCUCCGAAAAUACUACAUUCGCUAUUUCGAAAAUGACUUUGAUGAUCGAGCCAUACCAGAUGUACUCAUUAAUCGGUUUCGCAGAAAACACUAUCUCGAAUGCCAGACUCUGGACUUGAUAAAGCUCAACCAGAAAACUGAAGAUUCUCACAUAGAAGUUAUCUUGGGAAGUGAUAAAACCAUACAGGAGCUCCUCGAAAAUGUACGAACCGAAAUUCCCAACCUCUUUAAAGUGUGUGAGAGUAUUGCCAUGCUCGAUAUGAUUGCUUCCUUUGGGCAACUAGUCACGAACCAAGAUUGCUACGUCAGGCCGGAGAUUACUGAUUGUAUUGCUAUCAAGUCUGGACGUCAUCCCAUUCGUGACAAGGUGCCAUCACACAAAUUUGUACCCAACGACUAUUACGCAACGCAGCAAUCCCGUUUUCAAAUUAUUACAGGAUGUAAUAUGAGCGGAAAAAGUACGUACAUAAGAGGGGUCGCUCUUAUGAGUGUGAUGGCACAAGUUGGUUGUUUCGUACCAGCAAGCUACGCAUCUUUUCCAAUGAUUCAUCAACUUUUUGCUCGCGUGUCAAUGGACGAUAGUAUCGAAGCAAACGUUUCUACCUUCGCAUCUGAAAUGAGAGAAACAGCAUUCAUCCUUAGAAAUAUUGAUGAGAAGAGCCUUGCCAUAAUUGAUGAACUUGGUCGUGGGACCAGUACAAGAGACGGCCUAGCGAUCGCUCUAAGCAUUGCAGAAGCAUUAUCAGAGAGCCGAGCACUCAUCUGGUUUGCCACCCACUUUAAGGAGCUUGCACAAAUCAUGUCUGAGCGCUCUGGGGUUAAGGUCUACCACUUGUCAGUUGACAUGAACGACCCGACCACCAUGACAAUGCUCUACAAGCUUGAUCAAGGCUGUGUUAAAGAACAACACUACGGUCUCACUCUAGCGCGUGUGGUUGAUCUACCUCCAAAAGUGCUCACAGUGGCAGAGGAUGUAUCAAAGACUCUCAUUGCACAAGCUGCUGCCAGGAAAAAGUCAUCUAGGACUUCAGCGAUUGAUAAACGAAGGAAGCUUCUGAGUGCAUUAAAAGAGCAACUCAAACAGCUUCUUGAUAGCCCAAUGGAGAAUCAAGAAUUGCUAGAAUGGAUCGAAAAGUUGCGCAGAGAAUUCAUAAUUCGUAUGGAAAAUAUAGAGAUUUUAAUGGUGGAUAGUGAUACGGAAUAUUCAGAAGAUGAAAGCGAAAGUAUUUUCAGCGGUGAACCGAGAUGUGAAGAGAUAGUGGCCAGCGACGGUACUUGA